AUGCCUCUUAAUAUAGCUACCAAGGAGGCGAAAUGCGAAGAUCUAGAGGAGGUGGUUAUUGGUGGUGACCCGGAGAAGUUCUUUCGAGUAGGGGCUCAGUUGCCUCUUCGGGAGAAGGAGGAGUUGGUUGAGUUUCUCAAAAGAAAUAUUGACUUAUUUGCAUGGGAUGCCUGCGAUGCUCUCGGGAUUAAUCCAACCUUCAUCUGUCACCAUCUCAAUGUCAACCCGUCCAUUACUCCCAAGAAGCAGCCACCUUGUCGCCCAUCAAGAGAGCACGUCGAUGCGAUUAGGGAGGAAGUGGCAAAGUUUAAGCGUGUAGGGGCUAUCAAAGAGGUUUUUUACCCCGAAUGGUUAGCCAACACCGUGGUGGUUAAGACGAAAAGUGGAAAAUGGCGGGUUUGUGUAGAUUUCACGGACCUAAAAUGUCCAAAAGACCCAUUCCCCAUGCCUUGGAUUGACCAGCUGGUGGAUGCAACAGUAGGCCAUCCUCAGAUGAGCUUCUUAGAUGCCUUUCAAGACUAUCAUCAAAUAUCACUAGCCUUAGAGGAUCAGGAGAAAACAGCUUUCGUGACACCUACUGGGAACUACCACUACAAGGUAAUGUCGUUCGGUCUAAAGAACGCAGGGUCCACUUAUCAAAGGAUGAUGACAAGAAUGUUCGAGUCGCAGUUGGGUAAGAGCAUCGAAAUCUAUGUUGAUGAUUUGGUGGUGAAGAGUAAAGUGGUGUCCAAGCAUUUAGGAGACCUCGGCAGCACCUUUAAUGUCUUCAGGAAGAACAAGCUACACCUAAAUGCUUCCAAAUGCUCAUUUGGCGUGAGAUCAGGCAAAUUUUUAGGUUACAUGGUUACUCAUAGGGGAAUUGAGGUUAACCCUGACCAGAUCAAGGCUAUUAAUGAUUUAAAACCACCGCAAAAUGCCAAGGAGGUCCAAAAGCUUAUUGGAAUGAUCGCAGCCCUGAAUCGAUUCAUUUCCAAGUUGGAGGAUAGAUGCAGACCUCCUAUAUGCGCGUAUAUUGCUGUGGCCCUUAAUGCUGUGAGCUUGGUGCUAAUACGGGAUGACAAUGGCCUUCAAAAGACAGUCUAUUAUGUGAGCAAGUCGCUGCAUGAAGCUGAGGUCAGAUACUUACCCCUGGAGAAAGCCAUACUGGCUGUGGACCAUGCUACCCGAAAGCUUCCCCAUUAUUUCCAAGCCCACACAGUGGUUGUUCUAACCCAACUACCCUUGAAGUCCGUACUUCGGACUACUGAUUACAUUGGAAGGAUUGCCAUAUGGAGCAAAAUUCUGGGAGCUUUUGACAUCAAGUACAUGCCUCGGACCUCCAUAAAGGGCCAGGUCCUAGCUGACUUGGUAGCCGAAUUUGCUGAACCACCAAUAAAAAUAGUAGUAGAGGAGCGCAACAUGGAUGGAAAAUCAGUUGGAGUAAUCUCUACGCCAGGACCUCCAUGUUGGAAGGUGUACGUUGAUGGUGCAGCAAAUCAAAGGAGGUCCGGAGUGGGGCUAGUCCUAAUAUCUCCUGAUAAGACUACCAUAGAGAAAUCCCUGAGACUUGGGUUCUCGGCCACGAAUAACGAAACCGAAUAUGAGGCCUUGUUACAAGGAAUGGCCAUGGUGCAGAAAAUGGGAGGAAAAGCAAUAGAUAUGUUCUCGGACUCGAGACUAGUAGUGGGCCAGGUAAAGGGAGAGUUGGAAGCUAGAGAUGCGAGGAUGCAAGAGUACCUAAGCCAAGUCAAAUGCUUGCAAUCAGACUUCGAUCUUUUCAGCCUAUCACAUGUCUCCAGAAGUGGAAACACUUAUGCAAAUUCAUUGGCCACGCUUGCUACCUCCUCGGCAGGGGGUUUACCUCGAGUUAUUCUUGUCGAGCAUCUGGAUAGAGCAAAUGAAGUUGCAAAAGGCAUGGUCCAUAUCCAUGAGGUUAGAAUGGGUCCUAGCUGGAUGGACCCUAUAGUGAGGUUCCUCAAAGAUGAUAUCCUGCCCGAGGAGAAGUCAGAGGCUGAAAAAAUAAGAAGAAACGCCUAUUGGUUCUGGUUGUUCGAGGACCACAAAUUGUAUAAGCGCUCCUAUUCUAGGCCAUAUUUACUGUGUGUUCACCCUGAAGCAUCAGAAUUACUGCUUGAAGAGCUGUACGAAGGGAUCUGUGGGAGUCACACAGGAGGAAGGUCUCUGUCGCACCGAGCCAUUACCCAGGGAUAUUGGUGGCCGGGGAUGCAGAAGGAAGCCCUAGAAUAUGUUAAGAAAUGUGACCAGUGCCAAAGGUUUGCCCCUAAUAUUCAUCAGCCAGGAGGGGUCCUCAACCCUUUGUCCAGUAAGUGGUCGUUCGCCCAGUGA